AUGUUCUACUCCUUGAUGAAGCAUCAAUUGACAAGGCCUUCGGCUUUUUCCUUGACAAAGGUCGCUUCGGCCUCGCUGACUGGCAAAGUGCCACCCAAUGUCCGCACUAGUGAAGAGUUCUUUGUCACUGCUACUUGGCCAGAUGACGACUCUUCUUUCAAAUCGGACGUCUUCGAUGGCCAAGCCCGCACUAUAACAAGCCAGACCUCGCCUAUGCAAUUCUCUGCUGCUGAAAUUGAGCGACACAAGGCCGAUAUCUAUGAUAGCAUUUUUCCUAAAGAUCCAUCGAGAUUCUUGAAACGCCAGACUAGCAACAACUUGCCAGAUCAAGAACCAUCUUUGGACGAGCUUUAG